AUGCAUGUAACAAAAUAAUAAAAAAACAAGGGGGUAACUGCUAACUGGAUUGAGUGGACGUGGAUUAUUCUUGGUUCAUUUUCAUUUCAUCAACAUCAAAUUGAGAAGUAUGCCGUUUGGUCUUGAAAUUGGAAAAGUGUUGUAGCCAGGACAUCAAAUAAACAUUUAAACCAAAAAUGGCAGAAGCGGGAGAACAUCAUGUGAAAUUUAAUGAAGAACAUGACAACUAUAACAAACAAAACUCUAUUAAUAUCCAGAAAAUAUCACAGUGGAAAUUUCAAGUUCAUCUUGGAUUUUUGAAAUUAAAUAACACAUAUGAAAUCGUCAUUGAUGUAGGCCCAAUACUUGAAAGUCCUCAGUCACCAGACAACACAGCAUGGAUCUCAAAUGAUUGCUCUGCAGGUGCCUACACCAGCAUCAAAUCCUGUGAAAAUUCAAACAACAAAGUUAAUUUACACUUAAUAUUGAAAGCAGCGAAACCCAAGUUAAUGAAUGAGGCAAUCAAAUUGUACAGUUCUGCUGAUCCUACUGUUCAUAUUGAAAUUGUUCUCCUGGCCAGAGUUUUAGGUAAGGGCCAAGGAACGCCGAUGCUUAAAGACGGAAUCCACUUGGUCGGAGUAGAGCUUGAUGAAGAAUCGGAAGCCUCCGAUUGGCAAGGAUUUGAUUGAGUUGGGAUCAAGGAAUUAGUGUUGAAAAGAACCAAAAGAUGUAACCGAAAUGUAUUUCAUUCUGUGUAAUGUGAACAUAAUGGAUAAUGGAUGAAAAACAAAAAGAAUUCAAUUUA